CACCCCUGACUUAGAUGAUGAAUAAACGUCUCUGGUUCUGCUGGAGAAUCUCCUACAACGUCUAAGGACAGACUCACCUGUUCUGCAGCUGCAUGGCGUGGAGGUGGACGUCAGCAGGCUUGUUGUGGGCCUGCGUGCGUGCGUGCGUGCGCCUGUUUGUUUGUUUGUCAGCAGCUCUGGGUUAAGUGCUCCCAGCAGCAUCAGGGCGCAGGAGGAUACGUGGUGGCGCGCGCUUCUCUCCGCAGGUGGUUUCCCCGGAGCGCUGACCUGCAGUUCCCUGGAUGAUGAAGACCACGCCCCCUGCUUCCUAUUGGCUGCUGGGACUCUCUGGGACUGGAUGUGGCUGCUGCAGAGCCUUUAUUCCAUUGAAGCUCCAAAACUUCUCCAUCUCCUCCUCCACUUGUUGCUGCCGCUCGCGCAGACCGCCUCAGCGUCUCCUCUGGGAUUUCCCACGGGGAGGGAUGAACUCCAUCGACCCUCAGUCCCAGCACCACCAGCACCAGCAGCAGCAGCAGCAGCACACCUCUCCUACUGUCGUGUCUCUCCCAUCCAAAGGCGCGCAGGAGUGUCCAGACAUGGCCGCAGUCUACUGCGAGAACUUCAGCAGCAUGUACCACCAGCAGAGCCUGCAGGGCGCGCAGAGACCCUCCAGCUACGGCCUGGACGGCUACGCCUCGUCUCCAAACCCCUACCUGUGGCUCAACGGCCCGGCAGUCAACUCCUCCGCCCCCUACCUGCACGGCAACAGCCCGGCGUCCUUCAUCCCGCCCUCCUACGGCUCGCAGCGCCAGUUCCUGACCAACUCACCUGGGUUCGGCGGGCCCGACCUGGGCUGGCUGUCCAUCGCCAGCCAGGAGGAGCUGCUGAAGCUGGUGCGGCCGCCCUACUCCUACUCCGCGCUCAUCGCCAUGGCCAUCCAGAACGCGCACGAGAAGAAGCUGACGCUCAGCCAGAUCUACCAGUACGUGGCCGACAACUUCCCCUUCUACAAGAAGAGCAAGGCGGGCUGGCAGAACUCCAUCAGACACAACCUGUCGCUGAACGACUGCUUCAAGAAGGUCCCGAGGGACGAGGAUGACCCAGGAAAAGGAAAUUAUUGGACACUCGACCCAAACUGUGAAAAGAUGUUCGACAACGGAAAUUUCCGGAGGAAAAGGAAAAGGCGUUCGGACCCCAGCAGUGCCGGCGGCUCCGCAGCCUCAAAGAUGGAGGAUAGCCGGUCAGCGGCGGCCGCCUCUCUGAAGCCAUCGGACAGUCCUCAGCUGCUGGGGCCCUCCUCCCCAGACAUGGAGGCCAUGAACGAACCCCACAAAGCCUCGUCCUCCUCCCCGCCCGGGCUGGCUUCUGCGGCGCCCUGCUUUAACAACUUUUACAGCAACAUGUCCUCGCUGGGCUCAGGGCCCCCCAGCAGACCGGGCUCCCUCGGACUGGUCAACGAACUGUCUAACCGAAACAUAACCGCUCUGAGCCCGUACCAAGCGGGCCACAGCGGUCAGGACACGGGGGCCUCGGAGCACGGGGAGAGCCUGCACUUCAACCGCGGCGUGUACUACAACACGUUCGGCAGCGGGCAGAGCGGACAGUUCAACAGCCACUUCUACAACAGCUUCAGUGUCAACAGCCUGAUUUACCCCCGGGACGGGACCGAGCUAUAGGGGAGGCCUGCGUCCACACGCUGGGUCAGGACAAGGAUGCAGACCUAUCAGAGCUGGAUCUCCCUCCGCCUCUGAUCCACCAGAAAGCAGCACUCCUGCCUUUUCUUUGUUUGACCAAAGAAAGCACUUCUGAUUUGUGUCAUUCGGGCUCCCUCGGUGCUUUGAAGGGUGAACGAUAGAGCCGAUUUGAUCCUUUUUACAAACAUGCAGAUUCUUACAGUGGAGAAAUAUUUUAUUAGUCUUCAUCCAACUUGCCAAAGUUGCCUUUACCGCCGUUACCUCAAAGCAACCAGGAUUUGUGACGACUCUGCAGGUCGGCUUCCAUACGUUCAGAUUUUAAGGGCUCUUAUUUUCCACUGUGGCUGACAGAGACUCUCGCACUGGACGGACGACGUGUAUUUUUGUAAAUUAUACAAAUAGGUUGUGAAUAUUUAUGCUAUUUAUGUGGAUAGACAUUUUCUACUAUGGAAAUAGUUGCAGCAGAAUAUUAACUGACAAAAUGCACAGACAGCAGUAUCACUAAAACCCAAAUCAAUACAGUAUCAUUGUUUCUGAAUGCUCUACUCUUUCCUGCUUUUUCUCAGGAGGCAGUUUUGAAAUUGUUCUUGUAUCUUUAGUUUGUAUCAUUUGACAGCACACCCAUCCUACAUGCAGUUUAAAAUUAUCCUAAAUAAAUACUUUUUACUCUUUAAUUUUUGUUUCUUUUGUUUCCUUCCAACAAUCACAUUUCCAUGUUAAUGUAAAUGAUCAAAUUCAGAUAUUUGUUGCAGAUUAAAUACCUUACAACCCUUAUGAGUUAUAAUAAAAAUGUACUAAUAUGUCUGUUUUUAUUUUUUAAAUUACACUUUCUUUUGUAGAUAUUUUGUAAUAAUUAAAAGCACGAGUAUUUUGGUGAAGUUUUUUAGUUUUUUUCUCAACUGUGCUUUGCUCUGAGUUUUUCUCUUUAACUUCAGUAAAAACUCAACCAGUUUAUUGAUUAUUUCUGCUUGUAAAGACAGCAGGACACGUUAACAUUUCUGCUGUCAUUAACUCUAA